AUGCACCACCUGCAAGGCGCACGCGACCGCCUGGCCAAGCUGCCGGACGAGGACCGCCGCUCGCAGGCGGCGGCCCUGGCGCUGCGCUUCGCGGCGCUGCUGGGCGGCAGCGACGACGAGGAUGAAGGGGAGGGCGGCGGAGACCAGCUGCUGGCCGGGGCCUGA